GAUCAUGGGGGUGUGACGUCAUUUUUGUCAUACGAGACUCAAAAACAGUCGAAAAUAUUGAGAAAUGUGCAAAUGAUUUGGCAUUUCGGGUUCCAAAACUUGUAAGUGGGUUGACGAAAUGUCGGGGAAGGCCAAACUUCUAAAGGUCGUGCUGCUAGGCGACGGAGGGGUGGGCAAGAGUUCGCUAAUGAACCGAUUUGUUAGCAACAAGUUUGACGCUCAGUCCUUCCACACAAUAGGGGUGGAAUUUCUGAAUAAAGAUGUGGUGGUUGAUAACGAGACGUACACCAUGCAAAUAUGGGAUACCGCAGGGCAAGAACGCUUUAAAUCGUUGCGUACGCCAUUUUAUCGUGGGGCUGAUUGCUGUUUGUUAACAUUCGCAGUGGAUGAUAUCCAGAGUUUUAAAAACUUGUCCAUGUGGAAAAAAGAGUUCUUGUACUACGCAGAUAUACAAGACGGAAAUAUGUUUCCUUUUGUUAUACUUGGAAAUAAGGUAGACAUAGAAAACCGUGUAGUUAACGAAGAAAUGGUUCGAGACUGGUGUAACCAGAAUGGCAGGUGUCCAUAUUACGAAACCAGUGCCAAAGACGCUACUAAUGUUGACAAUGCAUUUAAGGCGGCAGUAGAAAGGUUAAAAGAACUUGAAGAACAGCUGGAUGCAAAGACGCAACAACAUGGGACCACUGUCGAUCUUCGUAAAAAGGCCAAACAAUCUGGUGGCUGCUGCAAUUGAUUUGUACUUGUGUUGUUAGGUUUUGUCGUCGUUGUCUUUUUUCAUCCAUAUUAAUACUAAUUAAACCUAUCAUGUAUAUAUACCGUUCGGUAUGUGAAUGUGUAUUUUAACAUAAACCUAACUAUCUUAUAACAGUUACUCAGAUUGAAAACUGCCUAACUCAAAUUGGCCAUCGAUUACCGCCAUGUGACGGAAUGGAUUGGAUAAUGCACCCCAUUCAAGAAUUCAUUAUUUGUUGAAUAAAUGAAGCUUUUCAUUUUUAACUUUUUCUUGUGAGAAAAAAUAAAAGAAAAAUAAUAAUAAAGGUAGUGAUAGCAAAGUGGAAGCAUUUUAGAAAAGUUUUUAUGUACCACCCCAUGAAGCUUACUUUGUAAUAUACCGGUAGUACUUAUAACAUCCUAAUGGUGAAUUUAAAAUAUUGCGAUAGUUUUUAGCUCGACUAUUCGAAGUUUAAGGAGAGCUAUACUACUCACCCUGGCGUCGGCGUCGGCCUCACACCUUGGGUAAGGUUCUGCAUGUAAGCACACAUAGGUUAAUAUCUCAGCAGCUACUUGAGGUAUUGCAUCGAGACUUUAAACAAUGGUACUCAACCAUCCAACCUACUUAAUUAACCAAGUUAGAUAACUUUAGUUUGCAUUUAAUGCAAAUAAUUGCUCUUUAUUAUUCGACUUAGAAAUUCUGGUUAAGGUUUUGCGUGCAAGCACACAUAGGUUAAUAUCUCAGCAGCUACUUGAGGUAUUGCAUCGAGACUUUAAACAAUGGUACUCAACCAUCCAACCUACUUAAUUAACCAAGUUAGAUAACUUUAGUUUGCAUUUAAUGCAAAUAAUUGCUCUUUAUUAUUCGACUUAGAAAUUCUGGUUAAGGUUUUGCGUGCAAGCACACAUAGGUUUAUAUCUUAGCAACAACUUGAGGUAUUGCAUUGAGACUUCAUACAAUGGUACUCAACCAUCCAACCUACUUAAUUAACCAACAUGUCCAAGUGAGAUAACUCUAGUUUGCAUUUAAUGCAAAUAAUUGCCCUUUAUUAUUCGACUAAGAAAUUCUGGUUAAGAUUUUGCACAUCAUGUAUUGCAUUGAAAUCUAAUCUUACAGUGAUCCAUGCAUGUUUUGUCAAAACUUUUCAAUCCUUACACUGAAAAGUGGCAGGAUAGUCGAGCGCACUGUCUCUGUGACAGCUCUUGUUUACUUUACUAUUCAAAAUUAUUGAAUUGACUUGUUAAAUACAUCCUUUAUAAGUGGUUAUAAAUCAAAUCAUUGAAAUACAGAGAACAUCCUGGCAUAAAGAGAUGGUUUUUGAUUGUUAUGUAUGAUUUUUUAUCACUAAGGCCAUAAAAAAAUACUGUAUGUUUCCAACUUCACAGCCAGAUUUGAACCGUCAGGGGCUGUGCCAUUGUAUGUCCAUUUUCAUCUUGUCCAUCAAGGCAGUAAGCUCUCCCACCAUUUUGGGAAAGUGUUCAGGACCUUUCUGACUGGGGAAAAAUGUGCCAAUUUAACUUAAUAAUGUAUUUUCAACUUUUCAUAGAAAUUAGCAAGCACAUUAAAGAACAUAUCAAUUCUUUCAUACUAAAACUUUUUUUGGUGUGCAAUUUCUCGCUGAAAAUGUUUUCGAUCUUUUCUUUUUUUGCUCAAAUGGGAGGCACAUGGUAAUUGGCUGUCUCUCCCCAUGGUUUCAAUAAUUUUUGAACACUUGGGUACAGGGACCUCAAACGUAGUAGGCAGACUGGCCAUGACCAGCAUAUGAACCCUAUUGAUUUUGAGGUCAGUGGGUCAAAGGUCAGGAGACCUUAGCUUUAAACAUCUGUUUUGCAUUCAAUGACUCUAGAAGGCUGGGGCCAAAGGUCCACAAACUUGGCAGGCAGUUUGAACACUACCAGUGGAUAUUGAAGACAGUGGAUACCAGGAUUCAAUACAGUUAAUAUGAUGAAACCAUUUACCUUCAGCAUUCACUUAAAACUAUCCAGUGCUAGAUUUUUUUUCAUUCUCUUGAACAUAAAAGUUAAAAACCAUUUUUUUUCUAUGGUUGAAUUGAAUCCUUGCAAAAAAAGACAUGUGUUGACUUCCACUCCAUCUUGCAGUGACUUAUCAACAUCGUGUUCAUACUUUGCUCUUUACAGUUGUUAGCAAUCAAUAUUUCCAAACUGCAUGGGAAGGUUGUCAUAAGCAUGUUAUGUACUAAAGGCUAUCUGUCCAUGUAAGGCUCAAGCCCAAAUACUAACGGCUAUCGAGGCCUUCCAGGUGCAUUUGUCACAUUGCUGUGACAGUUUUUCUUUUCUUAAAGAGACAAUUUUCCUAGUCUCUAUGCCUGUUUAAUGACUAAACUAUAUGUAUGAUAGCAAUACUCAAUUUAAUUAGGUACAAUUGUUCCGGUUGAGUUAUGUGUUUGAAAAAUCUCUACAGUUUUACAUUCAAAGUAUUGUUUAAAUACAAUCAGUAAGAGAUUGCUACAGAACAUUAUUUUACAAUUUCAGCUAUUUAAUUGAUUUAAACAAAUUUUGAAAAAAACACAAUCACUUUACAUAAAACUGAGAAAUUACUCUUUUCUAGGAAAUGUUCAAUUGAAUUGGCUAGAUUUAUUUAUUAUACCAAGUACAUGUAGCUAUUGUAUGUGAAUUGCUUUAUUGAAGCUUCCAUACUUGGA